AAAGCUGUAUUUAAUGAGCUGUACACGGGGUGUAGUAGAUGAGAGAUUAAAGAUCAGAUGCUGUAACAUUGCAACAGCAAUAUAUCUUGACGAUGAUCCCAACUUAAGGACUUUUCUUAAGCUUCAAAAAGACACCACAGACGGAAUGAAGAAUACUUUAGGGGAAAGAUCUCCGUUGCUCGAGAAUAUAAAAGAACCACAGUUCCGAAUCGAGGAUAUUCAACGUCGUAUACUAGAAGCUGUGGAGCUGAACAGUUUGAGUUGUUUACAUGCGCUUUGCGAGAUUUAUCAAAAUAAUCCCAUUUCAAAUAAAGCCGAAGAUAUCCAUCUGUUCCACCGCCGCUAUGGUUUAUCUUUCUGGCCAUUGAGCGAACGUCCAAAAGAGACUGCUCUUCACCUUAUUGCGAACAAACAUUCUUCAAUCAAAGCGAUGAAGGUUUUACAAGAACGACCGCAAUUCCUGAACGAUUUUUCAGACAUUCCGGACAGUCAUGGAUCAUCACCACUGCUUUUGGCGAUAAAGCGUAACAAUAUGGAGGUGGUGAAGGUAUUGCUGGAUAGGGAACCAGACGUGAACAAGCGAAAUAAACAUAAUGAAUCGCCUAUUCUUGUAGCUGCCUUAAAUGACCAUGCAGAUGUUAUAAAAGAAAUGCUGGAGAAAUCAAAUCUAGAUGAAACUAAACUUCUUGAGGUUAUGAAAAACAUUGAUGGAAACGGCCAUUCUAUUCUUUAUCCUGCCUCUCAAAGUGGAAAACCAAAGGUUCUUAAUCUCAUUAUGGAGCAACGUUGGUGGCAGGAAUGUUUCGACCAGGAGGUUAAUAAGACUGAAGAAUGGGAGUCAUUCGUUGGCAACGUUUGUGCGUCAGGAUGUUACGAACUGGCAAGAAUAUGCUUACAACACAAUAAUAAUACUACCCCGAAUGAGAAAGGAGAUGAAGGUGCAAUUUCAGUUACCCCUCUUAUGAGAGCGGUCGAAGCAAACCAAGGUGAAAUUGUCAAACUUAUUAUUGACCGUUCACGGGGCUAUGAUCCUUUUAUGAUUUGUGACGAACAUGGUAAAAAUGUCUUCCACUACGCUGUGAAGAACCCUGAUAUUCUACGUUAUCUUCUUGAAAAGCUUAAAGAGCUCGGAAAUAAUACCGAGGUUAUUAAUAUAAUGGACGAGUGGGAAAACACACCAAUCAAGCUUGCAGCAGUUGGAGAUAUAGAGGAGAGCUUCGAAAUGCUCUUAGAACACACUACAAAUAAAGCUGAUCUAUUCGCUGCCCAUCUGAUUGAUAGUGUGGAUAUAGAGCUUCUAAAGAAAGGUCUUGUCGACUGGAAAAGAAAAGAUCCCAAAGCAGUAGCUGAUCUGCUGAAUGGCGAGCACGAGAAACAUCAGCCGUUCUUAGAGGCCGCUAAGAAAGGAAAAGUCGAGUUACUACAAUUUUUCUGGGAUGAAGGAGCGAAUUAUUCACAAAGAACUCCAGAAGAUCAAACUGUUCUUCAUUAUGCUGUGCUUUCCGGGGAGCUGGCUGUCGUGGAAUUUCUGCUGGAAAAAAACGAGUUCCUAGAAAUGAUCGAUUUCACCGAUGAGAUAAACAUUAGUGCAGCUGGUUAUGCCACAAAGCUCGGAAAGGCGGAGAUAUUAAGAUAUAUGUUGGAGAAAGGUGCGCAAAUAAAAAGCGACACGAAGACGGCCAGACUCAACAUCUUGGAUUGUGCGUAUGGACAUUUUGAAACUGCCGAGGAAUCUAUCAAAGAAAUUAUCGAGUUUUGUACAACACAAAAAAAAGUAAAAUAUAAAAAAACACAAUUACUUAAAGAGUUGUUCGAAGACACGUAUUUUGGUGCUGAUCGUAUUAUGGCACAACUGAUUGAAAAAACACCUGAAGUCGCCAUGAUGAUUUUUGACCUGUGUGUUCAGGAACAAAAAUAUCAUAGCCACCGUUCUUAUGGCGAAAUGAAAGUGGAAAGAAGAAUGAUAUACUUGUUCUUUCCAUUCAAACGGAAAAAUCCUAAAGACAAUGCUAAAGACAAAGGCCAAGCGGAUGGAAAGCUUGAAGCAAUUGAAAGCAUGGUUGACAAUGAAAGAGACGACUGUUUGGGCCAUCCACUUGUUCUAAAGUUUCUUAACUACAAGAUGCAUUCAAAGGGUGUUAAAAAAUGGUUCUAUUUCAAUGUUUUUUUCUACCUCAUAUUCCUGCUCAGUUUAACAGUAUAUAGCACUCUUCAAAGUCAAGGACUAUACGACUUAAAAUCACCAGGAAUGAUUUCAUUAUCGGUUAUUAUUUUGGCCUUUUGUGCAUUUCAUUUCAUCAAAGAAAUAUUUCAGUUCGGUUUAUAUGCUGCUAGUUAUACUAAAGACUUCGAAAAUUACAUCGAAUGGGUGAUAUUCAUCUGCGCUGUCAUUUAUGUGGUGCCUGGAGGAAGUACGAAGACGAAAGUACAGAUUACGGCUGGAGUUAUUUCGGUGUUUCUCGGAUGGAUAAACUUCUCUUUUUUCCUGAAAAGAUUUUCAUUGUUUGGGAUCUACGUCAUAAUGGCUAAAAGAGUUUUUCGUACCGUCUGCCAGGUGUUACCAUUCGUCUUGUUGUUCAUCGUUGCGUUCUCGCUGUCAUUUUCGCUGCUAAUUCGUCUAGAUAAAGGUUUCAAAAAUAUUCCAAUUUCUAUUCUCACAACAUUCGUCAUGAUGACUGGAGAGUUGGACUAUCGGGAUAUCUUUCUACAAAGCGGACCAUUUCACGUUUUGCAAAAGAUAGUUCUUGUGUUAUUUAUUCUUACGAUCACCGUCACCGUGAUGAAUUUGCUGACUGGUCUUGCUGUUGGGGAUAUUAAUGACAUCAUGGCUCGUUCGAAAGAAGAAAAAAGAAUUUCUAAGGCGAGUCUUGUCAUUACAUUAGAAAGAAAUUUACACAAUAUUCCAUUCCUCCCAUCGCCUGAAUUUGAAGACGACGUUGAAGACCCGCCAAAGGAUGAAUGUCAACCAUCGUGGCUAACACUCCAUUGGAAUAAGAUAUUUGAAGAUGAUGAAAUUGAGGAACAAUUAAAAGCAAUGGCUAAGAAAAAGAAAAAGGGUUUUGGAAAACAGUUGAAGAAUGAGAUGAAGGAUAGAUUACAGAAUAUUGAAGCACUGUUGGAGAAGCUUCAAGCAGGGAGUAAAGAUGCUUCCAGCAGUUGAACAACAUGAUCGAAUGAGGACAGACAGUCUUUAAAGUAUAAAAUAUCAUUUUAUCUUCCUAUUUUUAGCUUAUUUUUAUUUGUCUUGUUGAAUUUUCAUUGUUCAUAGAAAGAGAUGAGUAUUUUCUCCAUUCAUAGAAUACGCAUAAUAUCGUGUCAAGGAUAUUUAAAUGCAUGUAAACGUUUCGUUCUGUUCUCAACUUCAAGGUUUUCUUUGUUCCUUAAAAAUAUAUAUGUAGAACUCGUAAGAUCUUUUAAAAUAGCUUCU